UUGAUGAAAAUGGAUAUGGAUCCAAAUAUUAACUUAGAAAAUACUUUCUUCACACUCGCUGAUUCCAUGAUCCCAUUACCAACUCAUAGUUUUAUUCCACUGAAUUACAACCAACUCCAACCUUCAUUCCUUCCCGUUCCAGACUCCACUCACCACCUCUUCCAUUUCUUUUCCAAGCCUUCUCAUCAUCUUCCACCCUUCAACAACCUUUCUUCUACUUCUUCUUCCUCUCGAAAACGUCCUCGUUUCGACUCCUCCGUUUGUCCCAACCACGAGUUCUUGCCUCCCGUUCAACCGCAAAAUGAGUUGGCUCGUCAGCGCCGACAAAAUAUCAGCGACAAGGUUCGGUGCUUGCAAAAGCUGAUGCCCUGUGAGAAGAAAAUGGAUACUGCUACCACGCUGGAAGAGGCCUAUAAAUAUGUCCGAUUCUUGCAAGCUCAAGUCAAAGCUGUCCAAACAAUGCCACCAAUUGAGUCUAGCUUUUCUCUUCAAAACUACUUGGAUGUGUACCAUUUUGGAGGUCCCAGUGGGUUGGAGAUGUUGAACAGGCAGCAACUUUUGCAGGUUUUGGUUAACUCUUCUGUGGCACAAACCAUGCUUUAUUCUAAAGGGUUUUGUGUUUUUUCUUUGGAACAGUUGAUUUUGAUGAACAAACUUGGCCAGGCAAAACUUUUUAUGCAGCAGCAGCAGCACCACCAGUAGUAUAGUAUUUCUUUUUUUUGGGCUUAUUAAGGUACGUACGGACAUGAAAAUGA